AUGCUGCCCUUCGAGUUCACCUACGUCAAGAUCCCGGCCGACGAAGCGCUCGAUUAUGAAGAGCUGCGCGGCGAGAUCUCAAAGGCAGGUGACAGCCUGCAGGCGCAGCUCAAGGCGGCGUUCGCGGGUGGCAGCAUCAAGCGGGUUGAUCACCUGCGGCAGACGUACGGAAGGGACGUGGAGAGCAAGCUCGACACACUCAACCGCAUCGCCCAGGAGGAGGGCUCCGUCGAGCUCUUCGCGCUCACCAAGCCGAGCAAGUCGUCGCAGCCGGUGCCUCACGCGGGCGUGUACCUCUACAUCGACGAGAUGGGGAUGCUCAAGGACCGGCCAGUGAACCGGCGCGCCUUCGAGCUGGCCCGCUCGUGCGGCCUCGAGCCGGAGCAGCCCUUCCACGGCGACGCCUACGUCGGGAGGGUGCUGGUCGAGCCGGGCCUGCGGCAGGCGGACUUCCACGCGGCGGAGGUGGUGUCCUCGAGCCCGUGGAUGGCGAGUGCGCCCGCGGAGAACGCGGCGUACGCGGCCGCCAUGCACGACUACGAGCAGGCGGCCAAGGCGAAGCAGGUGGGGCCGACCGAGGAGGAGAGGAGCGAGGCGAGGGGCUGGAGCUGGUCGCAGACGGCGGAGGAGCUCGAGGUGAGCGUGCGGCUGCCAGAGGGGGUGAGCAAGAAGGAACUCAAGGUGGCCAUCACAGCCACCAGGCUUGUCGUCGGCCGCAAGGCGGGCGGCGACCCCAUCGCGCAGCUCGCGCUGUACGCGCCGGUCAGCGCCGACGAGUCCACUUGGACGAUGGGCUCCGACGAGCGCGGCACAACGGUCUGCAUCGAGAUGGAGAAGCUGCACCCGGAGACGUGGCCUCAGCCAGAGAAGGUCUCGUGA